CCUGCGAUAAAGCGGGCCAUAACUGCUCUUAUAAGAUUUUCGUUGCCUUCGUUUUACGGGCCUGAGAGCCCUAUUUGAGCAAACCUGCAAGCAUGGCUGCCCCUCCUGUUGAACAACGUACUGGCUUCGAUGACCGCGCCUUCGACUCGAAGAUGCAGGCCUUCCUCACGAACAACCAGGAUAACUUUUACACCGAUUGGGAGGAGAGCUUUGAGAGCUUCGACCAGAUGAACCUGCACGAGAACUUGCUGCGUGGCAUCUACGCAUACGGUUUUGAGAAGCCCUCGGCCAUUCAGGCAAAGGGUAUCGUACCCUUCACCAAGGGCCUGGAUGUGAUUCAGCAGGCUCAGUCUGGCACGGGCAAGACGGCCACCUUCUGCGCCGGUAUUCUUAACAACCUGGACUACAACCUGAAUGAGUGCCAGGCGCUGGUUCUGGCUCCAACCCGCGAGCUGGCUCAGCAGAUUGAGAAGGUCAUGCGCGCUCUGGGCGACUUCCUGCAGGUCAAGUGCCACGCCUGCGUCGGUGGCACCAGCGUGCGUGAGGACGCGCGCAUUUUGGGUGCAGGUGUGCAGGUUGUGGUGGGCACCCCCGGUCGCGUGUUCGACAUGCUGCGCCGUCGGUACCUGCGCGCGGACAACAUCAAGAUGUUCGUACUGGAUGAGGCCGAUGAGAUGUUGUCUCGCGGCUUCAAGGACCAGAUCUACGACAUCUUCCAGCUGCUGCCGCCUAAGCUGCAGGUGGGCGUCUUCUCAGCCACUCUGCCCCCUGAGGCGCUGGAGAUCACCCGCAAGUUCAUGAACAAGCCGGUGCGCAUUCUGGUCAAGCGUGAUGAGCUGACCCUGGAGGGUAUCAAGCAGUUCUAUGUGGAUGUGGACAAGGAGGAAUGGAAGCUGGACACUCUCUGCGAUCUGUACGAGACGCUGGCCAUUACGCAGUCCGUCAUCUUCGCGAACACGCGCCGCAAGGUCGACUGGCUAACGGAGAAGAUGCGCGAGCGCGAUCAUACCGUAUCGGCAACGCACGGUGACAUGGAGCAGAAUGCCCGCGAUGUGAUCAUGCGGGAGUUCCGUUCCGGCUCAUCGCGUGUGCUGAUCACCACGGAUCUGCUGGCUCGCGGUAUCGACGUGCAGCAGGUUUCUCUGGUCAUCAACUACGACCUGCCAACGCAGCCGGAGAACUACCUGCACCGCAUUGGUCGCUCGGGCCGCUUUGGUCGCAAGGGUGUGGCGAUUAACUUCAUCGUCAAGGAGGACGAGCGUAUGCUCCAGGACAUCCAGCGGUUCUACAACACCGUGGUGGAGGAGCUGCCUUCGAACGUCGCUGACCUCAUCUGAAGUUCCAUAUGCGCAAAAAAAGCUUGCUUACAUUGUCAAAAAAGCAAAGCCUGCAGGAUGCAUCAGGCGAGAGGCAAGAGGGCAGCCCCUACGCUUCUGCUCCGCUACUGUUUGCGCAGAGUGCGCUUCGAUAGUGCUGUGCAUCGCAGUACUGCAUGCUAAGGCUGCGCCGUGGCGCGUUACUCCGGCGAGGUUGAAAACUUGCAAAUGGGGCAGCUAGGAAAACAGCUUAUGGUGUUCUUGUUGGCGGCAGGAUUCAUGAUGGUAUGAUUGCCCAGGUUCUGCAGUUCCGGACGUCCGCUGCCCGCUUACCACAAAUGUAAGAAACACUUUAGUCUCCUUUUCUGUGGUUACGGGGGUGGUGUGCAAACAUGAACGAAAGG